AUGGCAGAAAACUUCUACAAUGAGUAUCUUACGUGCCUCGCAAUCUAUCACUGGCAAGAAAAAUGGUCCCAGAGGUCAACUCAGCGGCAUAAGGAGGUUGCAGUGACGAGGCAGAUUCUUGCUCGUCGGCUUGCAAGAGCAGUAUUCCGGUGGGACAAUAACUCCAAGCACAGAUCGAGACUUCGAGCGAAGAAGGCAAAAGCGUAUCAAUUCUGCAUGGAGAGGGUGUCGUCGAAGUGUUUCGGACUAUGGAAGAACUAUCUAAGGGCGGUUCGCCAAAAAGUCUCAAAGCGAAGAUUUGUGUCACAGCUGCAGCAGCAAAAGCUGCUCUUACGAAUGUUUCAAAGAUGGCAGCAGUUCUCUGAGAUCCGCACCUUUCACAGGGCCCAGAGCAAGAUAGCAGACCAGCACAGGUCAAAGUUUCUGCGUCGUCUUACUUUCCGAGGCUGGAAGGGAUAUCGCAGCAAGCGAACGCUGUACAUCCUCGCGUACACGUAUCGUAGAAGGCUUUUGCUUCGAACAUUCUGGACUCGUUGGGAAAGACGCCGCGAGCCGAGUACGCCGAGACAAAAGCGACGCGUUGUAUCGCAUUUCGUGCUUGCGCAUGCGGUAAUUCUGCGAAAGUGGAGCACGUACGGCCAAACUCGAGUUGAAAGGAGAGCGAAGGCAGAUUUAGCAUCCCUAUUUAAGAAAACGAAGCUUCAAGCAAAGGCCUGGCGAUCUUGGUUACGCUACACCACGUAUUGCCACGGUGAGCAGCAGCAACUGGAAUGGGCACUCAGCUACUACUCUGUGGAAGUUUUACUACGACGAGCUCUUACGUCGUGGAAAAAGCUGGUGGAGAAAGGAGACGCCUUCUCGCGCUGGGAAAAGUACUUGCGGAGGCGGCAAGUGAAUAACGAGAAUAAACUUCAGGCGAGGGUAUUCCAUUGUAUUCAUGUAGAGCUGAGCGUGCUGAGAGUGUUGGGUACGUUUGUGCGUGGUCGCAAGCAGAAGGAGGUCGCAAUAGCGCUCAACAAAGCGAAGAUUCUUUGUCGGGCGUUCACUUUUUGGAAGCGUCGAGCUCACGUUCUCCGGCAAAUGAGAAAUAUGAUUUUGUACCAGGAAUCUUUCCGAGUACAAACGCAUCUCGACGCGUGGAAGCGGUUUGUGGUGGCCACGAGGCAGAUGAGUGAAAGGCUGCGUAGGACGACGAAGCGCAAGGAGAAACUCCGCAAGGUGGGAGUGUGGCAAAAGUGGAGCAUCUGGGUAUCCGCCAAACGACAGGAGCGAGCAACGAUUGCUCUGGCGGUCUGCGAUUUUUCCCCCGAAAGGUUUUCAAAGUGUGGAAAGAACGAGUUGCAAACUGGAAACGUCAACGGAUUUGCACAGCUCGAGCUCUGCUUCAGUGGCAAACGUCCCUCUUGUCUAGAGGUUUCCGACUGCUUCAUAAUUGGAGACAAUCAAGAUUAA